UCGCACCGAAAGACACUGAACAUUUGUGAAGCGUUUCUCUACGGAACCGGUCCAAAUUGUUCCCCGCCCGGGAAGUAAAUCUGUUUGUUCAAAAAGCGUCAGUGUGCCAGUGUGUCCAAAGAAUACAGUCAUCGUUGUAUGCUGCUAAACUGUUCGCUACUUAACAUCACAUUCUACCAGGAGCCUUGGGGAAAUUUUCCAACCUGUGCAAGUGUCCGAUUUCUGCGCCCCGUUACACCACUGUACCGUGAUCUACAGUACGAUCGUACGUCAUGUUUCUAGUAAACGAAACCAUAUCGGAAGGCGCCAUGCUGUUGCCAAUGGCGCGCACUGCUGGCGAAAUGCCGAAGCUGUUGGGAUGGAAUCUACCACCCGAGGAGCAGUACCUAGUGCAUGAUCACUGGAAAGGUUUUCCAGCACCACCGUACUACAUGCACUUGAUGCUGGCCAUGAUCUACUUCGUACUGAUGAAUACUUCCAUCAUUGGUAAUGGUAUUGUGUUGUGGAUAUUCGGCACCUCGAAGUCUCUUCGCAACGGUUCGAACAUGUUCAUCAUCAAUCUGGCGAUCUUCGAUCUGCUGAUGAUGUUCGAAAUGCCCAUGUUCCUGGUGAACUCAUUCUCGGAGCGCUUGGUCGGAUAUGGGUUAGGCUGCUCGAUAUAUGCCGCCUUCGGUAGCAUGUCCGGUAUCGGCGGUGCCAUAUCGAAUGCCGUGAUCGCGUUCGAUCGGUAUCGCACGAUUUCCAACCCGCUUGAUGGACGACUCAGCCGCGUACAGGCAGCACUGCUGAUUUGUCUCACCUGGCUGUGGACGAUGCCCUUCACACUGUUGCCACUGUUCGAGAUCUGGGGUCGGUACAUUCCCGAGGGCUACCUGACAACCUGCUCGUUCGAUUAUCUUACCGACGAUCAGGACACGCGCGUCUUCGUUGGUUGCAUCUUUACCUGGGCGUACGUGAUACCGAUGGUGUUCAUUUGCUACUUCUACGCCCGGCUCUUUGGCCACGUGCGUCAACACGAACAGAUGCUGAAGAAUCAGGCCCGCAAGAUGAAUGUCGAGUCGCUCACGGCUAACCGCAACGAGAAGGCACAGGCUGUUGAGAUGCGCAUUGCUAAGGCCGCAUUUACCAUCUUCUUCCUGUUCGUGUGUGCCUGGACACCUUACGCCAUUGUCACGAUGAUCGGUGCGUUCGGAGACAGGACAUUGCUGACCCCGUUAGUUACGAUGGUGCCGGCAGUUUGCUGUAAGAUCGUCUCCUGUCUCGAUCCGUGGGUUUAUGCGAUCAGCCAUCCCAAGUACCGUCAGGAGCUGGAGCGUCGUCUACCGUGGAUGGGCAUCAAGGAGGCGGAAGACAACGUCAGCACGACCGAAAGCAAAGCAACUGUCGUCGUUGAUCAGGCCUCAGGUAACGGUGGAGACAAUGCCACCAACUAGAUCGUUUCGUCAGGCGGAAAUACUACCAAAACGGACUCUUUGAUAUUUGACCGCUCGUUCAAAGGACUUGUGCAUAAUGGUAAACGCUAGAGAAGUAAGUUCCCAGUUACCCAUAAUCCAGAAACUACCAGAGCACGUUUUAAGCAAGGCAAAUUGAAAAAUGUCACUUUCUUGGAGUUCAUGCAAUAUGCUGUGAACGACGGCAGAGAGAUGACGAACAAAAAUAAUAAAUUGCAUUCAAUUUAAAAGAUAA